UCGUAUUUAAACUCUUCUCGUUGAGGAGACAGGAAGUUCUUCACCAACCGAACCCAGUGGAUCAAUGUUUUAAGAUAAUGAUAUCGGCGGUAAAAGAGAACCAGCACCAACCGAACGACGACAGAAACGGAGGGAUCCUUUAGUCCUUGAAUGUCGUUUCAACAGUGUGAGAACAGGUUCAAUGUUCUGGUUAAAGUUUCUGUAAUCGGCCUGAGGUCCAGUGACCCGGUCCCGUCCAGAGCCUCCUUAUGUAACCUGGCCGUAAAUGACUUGUUCCACCAACCCCGUUUCUAUUGCCAGACCCGCUCACACUAGAAGCCGCUGCGCCUCACUUCUUCUUCGUUGGUAGGUUUGGGUUGAACCUCUGGAUGCUGGUUUCAUUCUUUUAUUUCCUUUUGUUUUGUGCCGUUUCACUUCCAUCACCUUGUUCGCAUUCAUUAACAUGUUGAUGGGAUGUGACACUGUUUAACCCCUGCCAAAGCUUUUUUGUACAGUUCCCCUGUUAGGAGCAGCUGGAGGCGCAUGUGUGAUCGUUUUGUGUACAACAAUCCUCGCUCAUGGACAGAAAGUCUAAACCUCUGUCUGGACUCUGGCCACCCAUCAGAACCAGCUCCUUUGUGAAACGGUCCUGGUGUGGUUGACGUCUGCACGGGUUCGGUUCGGCUCGGCUCGGCCCGGUUGGUGCAGGCCUCUGUGCUGACAGCUUCUUUGCUCCUUUAAAGUUUGUGCCAUGAACGCCUCAGACAGUGAUGACGACUUAUACAAUGAGAGGACGGCCCUGGUGCCAUCGCAGAACCCGUCUGUACCGUCCUACAGGCCAGAGUCUGACCCGACCCACUCUAACAACACACCGACCAAAAGGAUCGGGGGCAGCAGGAGGACCGGCCCGGCCCACGUGGACGGCAGCGGCUCGGAUCAGGAGGUGGACACAGAAGAGGAGGAGUUGACUCUGAAGUACGGAGCCAAGCACGUCAUCAUGCUUUUCGUCCCUGUCACCCUGUGCAUGGUGGUGGUGGUGGCCACCAUCAAGUCGGUCAGCUUCUACACGGAGAAGAGUGACCAGCAGCUGAUCUACACACCGUUCACAGAGAACACCUCGUCUGUGGGACGCCGGCUCCUCAACUCCGUCCUCAACACCAUCAUCAUGAUCAGCGUCAUCGUGGUCAUGACCAUCUUCCUGGUGGUGCUCUACAAGUACCGCUGCUACAAGUUCAUCCACGGCUGGCUCAUCCUGUCCUCCCUCAUGCUGCUCUUCUGGUUCAGUUUCAUGUACCUGGGCGAAGUGUUUAAGACCUACAAUGUGGCCAUGGACUAUCCUUCGGUGGCCAUGAUCAUCUGGAACUUUGGUGCGGUGGGGAUGAUCUGCAUCCACUGGAAGGGACCCCUCCAGCUGCAGCAGGCCUACCUGAUUCUCAUCAGUGCCCUCAUGGCCCUCGUCUUCAUCAAGUACCUUCCCGAGUGGUCAGCCUGGGUCAUCCUGGGAGCCAUCUCCGUCUACGACCUGGUGGCCGUCCUGUCUCCUAAAGGUCCUCUCCGGAUGUUGGUGGAGACGGCUCAGGAACGCAACGAGCCCAUCUUCCCGGCCCUCAUCUACUCCUCUGCCAUGGUGUGGACGGUGGGGAUGGCGGGUCCAGCAAACACUCAGCGCUCCGGACCCGAAACAGAUGAGGAGGCGGAGCAUAGCAACGGGAGGGCUGAGCCAGCAAGCAGGCGACCGCGGCCGUCUCCGGAGGACGAGGCAGAGGAGGACAGGGGCGUGAAACUCGGCCUUGGCGAUUUUAUCUUCUACAGUGUUUUGGUUGGGAAAGCCGCAGCGACCGGGGGAGACUGGAACACCACGCUCGCCUGCUUUGUGGCCAUUCUCAUUGGCCUCUGCCUCACGCUGCUGCUGCUGGCCAUCUUUAAGAAAGCUCUGCCAGCGCUGCCCAUCUCUAUCACUUUCGGCCUCGUCUUCUACUUCUCCACAGACUUCCUGGUUCAGCCCUUCAUGGACAGCUUGGCUGCUCAUCAGUUCUACAUCUGAGGCUGCACCUCCAGCUCCCUGCCAGUGACCUUCACUCUUCAUUCUACUGCUGAUCAUCGUUAACUUUGUCCUCACUGUUGCUCCGUCACUGUGCAUUAUGCAGACCUCAGGAGGAAGCUGAAGGUGGCAUUACCUGCUUAUUCUCAUAAAGGAUCAGGAACAAACUCCUGCUGAUUAACCGGUCCUGUCUUUAGCUGUGAUGCUGACCCUAACCCUAUCAGUCUUUCUCCAACAGGACGUAAACAAAGUACAUUGCAUAAGCUUUGUGGUUUCCACAGACACCGCUUGAAAAAAGGUCAUUUGAACCAGGCUUGUAGGAAACUGAACAAACUCGUGAAGUCUGGUUUCUCUUCGCUGUCAUUUUAGUUUUAGAUGUUGCGUUAGUAAAACAAUUCUGUUUUCAUCA